GGCGGAGGUGAGACGCCAUCAAGCCGGGGGGCGCAGACAGGCCAGGUGUCAGCCCCCUGCAAAAGUGGUCUGGGGUGGAGACGCGCGCCCGCCUUUCGCAGGUGGGAGGCGCCCGUGUGAGGGUCUUCCCGGAGGCCCUCGCCCUCCUGCGCCGGUGUGAGGGUCUUCCCGGAGGCCCAGGCCCUGCGCGAUUUACCUCCGCCUGCAAGUGUAGCCGAUGCCACGACAAGAGGAAGCGCCGUAGGAGAGGAUCCUCUGCGGACGAGGGAAGUGCGAAGCUGGACACCUGGAGAGGAGUCCUGAGUGUCCGCACCCGCAAGGAACGCCAUCACCCGUUUUCAUUUAUCCGCCUUUACUUCGUGUCUACGCGCGUGUCUACGCGCGAGCCGGGCUCUGUUGUAGCCGCGGUGCAGGGCGCGGGACGGCCAACAGGACACAGCCACGGCCCGUGGGGUCGGCGCCGUCGUGGGAGCGAGGGCGGCCCACAAGGGGCCCGCCAAGGUCACGGUCAGCAGUGGGGGCGGACAGGAGAUCACUGCAGUGCCUCCUGCUGCAGCCUCUUGAGGAGCGAUGACAGAAUAUAAGCUCGUGGUGGUGGGUGCUGGAGGCGUGGGAAAGAGUGCACUGACCAUCCAGCUCAUCCAGAACCACUUCGUGGACGAGUACGACCCCACCAUUGAGGACUCGUACCGGAAGCAGGUGGUCAUUGAUGGGGAGACGUGCCUGCUGGACAUCCUGGACACAGCAGGCCAGGAGGAGUACAGUGCCAUGCGGGACCAGUACAUGCGCACUGGGGAGGGCUUCCUCUGUGUGUUCGCCAUCAACAACACCAAGUCCUUCGAGGACAUCCACCAGUACAGGGAGCAGAUCAAGCGGGUGAAGGACUCGGAUGACGUGCCCAUGGUGCUGGUAGGGAACAAGUGUGAUCUGGCUGCGCGCACUGUGGAGUCUCGGCAGGCGCAGGACCUCGCCCGCAGUUAUGGCAUCCCGUAUAUUGAGACAUCGGCCAAGACGCGCCAGGGCGUGGAGGACGCCUUCUACACACUGGUGCGCGAGAUCCGGCAGCACAAGGUGCGCAAGCUGAGCCCUCCGGACGAGGGCGGCCCGGGCUGCAUGAGCUGCAAGUGCCUGCUCUCCUGACGGUGACACUGCUGCGUCCACUCUGACGUCCCUGCUGGUCGUUUGUGCCCCGCCCGGCACAGAUGCAGGGCCCGGAGGUGCCGGAUGUGGGGAGGAGGUGCAGACGGAGGAAGGAGGGGAAAGGAAGGAAGGAAGUGCCACUAGAGUGCGGCCAGCCCAGGGUCGGUGGACAGAGUGACCGCAGACCUCCCGGGACACUUUGCACAGACUGUCGCGAACUGACCCCACCGGUCCCCCCGCUGUCCUCUCCUCCAGCCCUGUCCUGGCCCAGCGGGCACAGGUCGAGUCGCAGUAAAUUAUUUGAUGGUCUUGA